UUCCGCGGGCGGAAGGGAAGGGGGAGGUGAGAAGGCUGAGCGCCGGCCGCUCCUCCCCCCGCCACUCCCCGCCUCGGCCCUGAAGGGGCUGGAUGGGCAAGUUGGACGCGAUGGCUCGAGCCCGGGCGGCGGCGGUAGUGGCUGGAGGCGGCGGCACCUCCUCCUCCUCGCCCCGGCGCCGGCGGUGAUCCGAGCGAGCGGCCGCGGCCCCCGAUGAGACUGUUGGUGGGCUGGCUGUGCCUGAGCCUGGCGUCCGAGUGGCUGGCGCGGAGGAUGUGGACGCUGCGGAGCCCGCUCUCCCGCUCCCUGUACGUGAACAUGACGAGCGGCCCGGGCGGGCCGGCGGCGGCCGCGGGCGGCAGGAAGGACAACCACCAGUGGUAUGUGUGCAACAGAGAGAAAUUAUGUGAAUCACUCCAGGCUGUCUUUGUUCAGAGUUACCUUGAUCAAGGAACACAGAUCUUCUUAAACAACAGCAUUGAGAAAUCGGGCUGGCUAUUUAUCCAAUUAUAUCAUUCUUUUGUGUCAUCUGUUUUUAGCCUGUUUAUGUCUAGAACAUCUAUCAAUGGGUUGCUAGGAAGAGGUUCAAUGUUUGUAUUCUCACCAGAUCAGUUUCAGAGACUGCUUAAAAUUAAUCCAGACUGGAAAACCCACAGACUUCUUGAUUUAGGUGCUGGAGAUGGAGAAGUCACAAAAAUCAUGAGCCCUCAUUUUGAAGAAAUCUAUGCCACUGAACUCUCUGAAACUAUGAUAUGGCAACUUCAGAAGAAGAAAUACAGAGUGCUUGGAAUCAAUGAAUGGCAGAACACGGGGUUUCAGUAUGAUGUCAUCAGCUGCUUGAAUUUGCUGGACCGCUGUGAUCAGCCUCUGACUUUGUUAAAAGAUAUCAGAAGUGUCUUGGAGCCAACUAGAGGCAGAGUCAUUCUUGCCCUUGUCCUUCCUUUUCAUCCCUAUGUGGAAAAUGUGAAAAUAAUUAAUACUCAGCUGGACCUGCCUACUUGAAGUUGAAAGCCUAAAAUGUGUUUGUAUCCUCUGGUUUUAAAUGGAGCUUCAACCAUUUAUUUAUUGGUCAAUAAAUGAUGCGUUUUCAUCUGCUCAUCUGUACUUGCUGAAUGCCAUGCCUGUUUUGUUUUGCAUUUUUCAUUUCUUGUCCCAGACUAAAAAAAAAAAGAUAGUAGUUAUUACCUGUUUUUCUCUUUUGAGAAUAAAUAUAUAAUUUCUUUGAGUAACAUUUGAUUUUAUUUCAUGAUUUUGCUCUUCAGCAAUAUUAAAUGAAGAUUAUUUUAGAAGAAAUGGGCUUGUUUCAUAUCACUGCAGAUUUAUUAUGAUUUCUGGCAUUUAAUGUGACCUAAUGUCACAUGAAUUCAUAGUUUUAGCUUAAUGUGUUUUGCAUUUCAGAUCAUCUUGGAAAUUUUGGCUUUAAGUCUCUCUUUUAUAUUUUUAUAAGUUAAAAUACAUAAUAUAAAAAUUAUUUGUUGUAUAAAUCAUACAUGUUAAUUCUUAAAAAUCUUUAGUUCUGUUUUGUGGUCUAGUUUAGCCAUUCUUAAAAAACUCUUUAACAGCUGGCAGACAUUUUAAGAAAUCCAUUACUACUUUGCAGGUGUCAUAGUUAUUAGAUAUCAUGAAGUCUUUUUUUUUAAAAUAUUUACUUUUCGGUUGUAGUUGGGCACAGUACCUUUAUUUUGUUUAUUUGUUUUUAUGUGGUGUUUAAGAUCGAACCCAGGACCUCUCAUGUGGUAGGUGAGCACUCUACCACUGAGCCACAACCCCAGGCCCAUGAAGUCUUUAUCUUAAGGAACGGUGCUUACAUUUCUUACAACCAUGAGUGCUAUAUGGGUUUAUGUUACUAUUUACAUGUGCCUUAAUUUUUUCUUGUCCUUAUUUUUGUUUCCUAAGUGCCUUAGCCUUUCAGAUUGAAUGCUUAACUACCUUGUGGUUUUAGAUUUGUGUUGAUGGUGGGGAAAAAUGGGAACUCUUUAGACAUGGGAGGGAAGGAAGAAAGUUAGAACAGAUACCUUCUCUUAUCUUGCUUCAUCAUUUUUACAUUCCUAUUAGUCUUGGUAAAGCAAAAACUGCUUGAAUCGUGAGUGCCUAUUUAUCAUGUAUAUGUUAUACAGUGAAUAAAAUCUAGUAAAUGUCCUCCUUGGGAAUUCAGCAACCUGACUUUGUUUCAGUGCUGCUCCCUGUGUAAUUAAACCUAGGCUCCAUCUCUCUGCAUUGGUCUCACUAGUCAUCAGGUUGUAAGGUUCUGGUUUCCUGUGUCCUGUUGGGCAACCACUUGACAGAACUUUAAUGCUACUUCCUGACAUAGCAGGAGGUGGAAAAGCAGGAGGAAGAAACAUUAGUGUAACCACAAAUCUUAUUUCCAUGUGUUUCUGACACUGAAAAUCAAGAGGAAGUCAAACUGGACAAGACGGCAGUCUCCACUAAGGAUUGAAACAAGCUCCUUGAUGGUGGAUGUUUGGAGCUGCCUGUGGAGUCUAAGGAGUCCAGCAUGUGACACAUUGCAAACUCCAGACAAGAAACCUUG